GCUGUUCGCGAUGGCGGAAGGGGAAGAAGCUGCAGUUGCAAAGGCUGAAGCAGAGUACUUCUCCAAGGACUUCGACUGGGAAUCACUGAAACAACAAGUUGAAAAGAACCCUUCGUAUCAGUUUCAUCUGCUUCCACAUCUUCCUUCUUCCUCGGACGAACAACGGGAGGAAGAGACGAGAGAUUCCAAGGCGUGGCAGAGCUUCCACGUCCGCCAUUCCGCCGGAAAGUUCUUCAAGGAGAGAAGGUAUUUGUUGAAGGAAUUCCCCGAGUUGGCUUCUUCCCCCAAAUUCUCCAAGGUUUUGGAGGUUGGAUGUGGAAAUGGAAGCUCCCUUAUUCCUGUCCUGCGUGGCAACAAGAACAUCACUGUGUAUGCUUGUGAUUGUAGUAGUGAGACUCUUGAGAGGGUUAAAGAGAUUCUGUCUGCGAAUUUGGCAGCAGCAGCUUUGGAUCGCUUCGUUCCGUUCUUCUGUGAUUUUGCUUCAACUGGAUUUCCAGGAUGGUUGGCUUGCCAUUCAUGCAGGGGGAUGGCUCCCCAACGUGAACACAAAAGCUGUUCUGGCGUUGGAGAGUUCCAGAUGACUCAAAUGCGAGGUCUAAGUCCAUUGACAGAAGGUGGCUGCUGCAUUGGCGGGGUGGAUUUUGUUACCCUGAUAUUCACACUCUCAGCUGUGCCACACAAAUUGAUGCCCAAAUCCAUCAAGGAGUGCUUUUCAGUCUUGAAGCCUGGUGGCAUCCUCAUGUUUAGAGAUUACGGGCUCUACGACAUGACCAUGCUGCGGUUUGAGCCAGACAAGAGGGUUGGUUUCAGGGAGUACAUGCGAGGAGACGGUACUCGCUCUUAUUUCUUCUGUCUAGACACUGUCCGGAACCUUUUCCAGGGUGCUGGCUUCAGUGAGAUGGAGCUCGAGUACUGUUGUGUAAAGUCGGAGAAUCGUAGGAAGGGGAAGAUCAUGCAAAGGGUGUGGGUUCAUGGGAAGUUCCAGAAGCCCAUGCUAUAGCAGCUGCUGCAGCAUGGUGGGAUCAACAUGUCUCUGUUUCAGCAUAUGUUUACAAGGGAGCUGUCAGUCAGCACAACAGCCAAAUCCCCCCAUUGACUCUGUGAGGAACUAGAACUCAUCUACUGAAACUCCCCCUAAAAUGUUUCCCCAAGUGCAUAGACCCUGCAGAAAGCUUGAAGGUAGAGAGACGAGCAGCACAAGUGUUUGCCGCCAAUAUGUUGCAGCGCUGUCAGAUUUGAUACCUACUUGCAACGCUGUGAUGACACCGGAAUCGUAUCAGGUCUAGCAUCUACAUAUAUCAUCAUCAGCAGUAGCAGUGGAAUGAAAUGAACAGCAUACUGUCAAACAUUUUGGUCCCUUGGGAAUAGGGUAAGGCUCUCUCAGCAAACCUGGCAUUGGUAAUGUGGGUCUUCUUUGUUCAAUUUGCUGAGCAGUUCAGCAGCAGCCAUUCUCCCAAGUCCCAAGCAUUCAUUCUCAUUUCUCACGCUUCUUGGCACCAUCUUAUCUGUCUAUUGACCUCAUCUUCCGCCCUUGUUGUAGUGUAAUUAUUUUAUUGACGAAUAUGCAAUGGUAAAAAAGCAAUCAAGCAGUAAUAAUAUGGUCAAAACACAAUAGAUUAUAUAAAAACAGAUAAUA